AUGGCGCCUGCGCAUGUGCUUGCAGUUUAUGACAUAUGCAGCAUGAUAUGCGAGGCUCUAGGCGAUCUCGAUCUCAAGACGCUCAAAAACUUCGCGAUCGUCUCAAAAGCAACAAAGGAUCCAGCGUUGGAUGCAUUAUACUAUCACGUCACGCUGCAAGAUUUUCUGCGUUGCUUGCCGCAGAUUCUGCUGAUUGUUAAAGAUACACCUAUUAUGACAUUCUCGCGUUCCAUGACAGAGAACGAUUAUGCUACCCUGGAUAGGUACAGAGACCGAGUCCGUAUUCUCUACGUCGCCGCACUGCCAGAGGUGGACAUCCGCAUCUCUGACGAGUUGAUCAAUCAUUCUCCUACGUCCUUGUUUCCCAAGCUUCGUAUCUUCGAUGUGGAAGAGGACGCUCGCCUACCUCCGCCCCUGUAUCGUCAGAUACUCUGCCCUACUCUCAUGGACAUCAGCUGGUUCUUGCACGACGAGAUUGGCAAUGGGGUCAUUGAUUACCUACCUCAGUUAUGCCCUCACCUUCAACGUCUGACUAUCCUCAGCCAUGAAAAAUGCAAGGGGAUGCGGCAGCCUGUCCUGGUAGGCCCGGGCAUGAUGUUAUCCGCGCCUCGCAGUUUCUUUGUCCGCUCUCCUCUGGAUAGCACAGAUGCAUCCCUCCCUUUCCGCCUAGCGCACAUAGGUCCGCUGAUGCCUGGUUUGAAGACCCUCAACGUCCGCGCGCCUAGCGUCAGCGUCAGGCCGAACACGAUGAUGGAAGCAAUUGCACGGUUUCAGGGCCUGGAUCGGUGCGUUGCUGUGAAAUCUUGGCCGCUUACGUGCGUCGGAGUCGGGGAAACUCCAAGGAAGACUAGUGAACACUCAUUUCCAAACCUCAAGGCCCUUGCAGCUGGCGGCGGAAACUCUGAAGAUCUUUUUCGUUUGCUACAAUGCCUCCAACCCUCUGUCUUCCCCAACCUCGUUAUAUUCGUAGCUGAUCUGAGCCCAGAGGUGUAUCCAAAUCAUGGCUUGAAGGGUGAUGUACUGGAGGCCAUCUCGGAGUGUUUACCUACCGAAACUCUGAGAACUCUGAAACUUUGGGAGGUGUGGCGUGGCGCCCCAUCAGGGAACAUGAUGGAUGAAGCCGCUUUUCGCACGCUCUUCAGGUUCUCUCAUCUCACUGUUCUGCAUUUUCAACUGGAACAAGAGAUAGACAUGGACGACAACCUGCUCGGAGAUCUGUGCUUGGCUCUUUCCCACCUAGAAAGUCUUCGCAUACAGCGUUGCGUAGCAUGGAAACCAACCACCCGAAGAGUUACCCUGAACGGGCUGGCACAGUGCGUUUCGCGGCUCCUAGCUCUCAAAGAACUUGCACUCACUGUCGAUACCCGCACUGAGGUCAACGUUGAAUUGGAGACCUUGCCUCCAAACCAUAUUCGCCCCAAUCCUACUAUUACUGUGCUUAAUCUGGCAUUAUCUCCCCUUGAUGACCCUCCUUUCACGUUCCAUCAGCUACGCGUCCUCUUUCCCAACCUCAGAGACCUCGUUCCUGCAAAAAAGGACAACAUGUGGUUAACAUGCGACGAGCUCACCCGAGACCUUUGGGUAAGAGUCUCUUUGAUGCUCGGAGGGGAGUAA